AAUUAUAAACACUGAAAAUUAUCUAAUUUGUGAAUUAUGUUUAGUCAGCUACAAGACAAAAGCUGAAAAAGUAAAUCAAGGAUCAUAAACAAUGCCUUUGGAACAUGGUAUGCUGAUUUGGAAUACAUGUACAUUUAGAUGGGAAAGACUUGGAAGAAUUACUUUGGAUGAAGAUGAUAAGCAACUCUUUUUGUACAUUGUUUCAGAGAGAGUCUUAUCGUAUCUCUCCCUUGGAAAAUGUAGAGACAAACACUGAGAUAGUAGAGCUUCAUCAUCACUGUAAGCUACGUUUAAUUCACAAGAAACCAGCUUCCAGCCAGAGAUAUGACAGAAGCAAUUCUGAGGAUUGUGGAGUUGGAAGCUCAAAUGAUGGACCAGAACAUAGCAUGAGUGAGGUGUCACCUAGUGUUGCUAGUAGUCUUAUUGAGAAUAUAUGGUUAUAUUAUACAUCACAUGAUUACAAGAAAGUUUUUAAACACAAAGUAUUUGCUAGCUUAGAUGUAGCAAACUUUGCUGAAUUUCUGACAAGUAUCAUACUUGCAAAUGCUAUUCAGGAAGCCUCACAAUACUCAGCAACACAUAGUGAUAUUGAGAGUUUGUGCCUAAGCAGAGAAGAAACGCCAGUAUUUUUCCUAAAUCGGAAGGGUAGUUUUAUCAGGUACAGGGGAAACUCAGAAGAUAGUCUAGAAACUAAUAAACACUGCUGUAAAAAGAAAUUAUUCCACAGAUCUUCUCAUGGAAAUAUAAAUCAUAGUUUCUUGUCAGAAAAAGAUAAGAAACAAGCCUGGGUAAUAAGUAAGCCAUCGGCUCAUCCUAGUCAGUGCAGAAAUGAUGUGAUGAUAUUUUUCAUACAUGGACUUGGUGGUUCUGCUGACAUUUGGAAAUUUCAGUUGGACUACUUCUACAAGAAAGGAUUUGAGGUGGUUGCAUUAGAUCUCAUUGGCCAUGGGUUUAGUUCAGCACCAGAUGUGAAAAGCAUCUACUCAUUCCAGCACAUUAUGAACGAUGUCUUAACAGUUUUUGAUCGUUACUCAAAGCCAUGUAAUAUUCUUAUUGGACAUUCAUAUGGCUGUGCCUUUUCUUCGUGCCUUGCUAGCCAGCGAAUCUCAAAAGUUCGACAACUUAUCUUGAUAAGUAGUGGAGGACCAAAAGCUUUGAGCCCACGAUUAGGUUUGUCAGCUGUAAUCCCAGUUCUGGGUCUGUCAUUCUUGAAUUGCUGUCCUUGUCUUAGAGCUUGGUGCAGAAGAAGAGGAAGUUCUAAUCUGAUGGACUUGGUUGGAAUGGCGUCUCUACCACGCUACGUUUUGCAGUAUAUUCUAGAAGGCCAGAACUGGCCAUAUGGUGGCCGUUCAUUUUAUCGUAACUUGUAUCUCCCCACUCUUCUCAUUCAUGGACUUCAGGACAGAUUUAUACCCCUAGAAGAUGAAGUGGAGAUGCAGAAGACCUUGCCAUCAGCUCACUUAGAAGUGAUUCCUCAAGCUGGACAUAUGGUAAUGAUAGAGGCAGCAAAAGAAGUAAACCAUGUGAUUGCCCAGUUCUUGGAAGCUAUGGAGAAAUAGUUUUUUUGAUAUUUGUAAUUGCAUCUAUGUUAAUGUGCCUUAUUCUUUCUGUAAUGUGUUAAUAGAGAUAAGUUGUGUCGGGUGUAGAAUACACAUACAUGCAUAAUUUUGUAAUUGUAUCAAAGUUUUUUCAAUGAAGUACAAAUGAUCUACAUGUGUUUGCAAAUCACUCUGGA